ACGCUGACACACGGCUGAGCUGGAGAGGCGGUCUACAACGCGACUCCUUUACGAGACACGGAGCAGGGGCAGCAACAACAGCAGCAGCAGCCAGAGCAGCUGUCAUGUGAAUCAGCUGGACGAACAAGGAAGGGGAUAAAUAACAAUACGACUCCAUCUUUCUAAAACAAGGUUAUAUCUGGUGAGGAGGCAGGAUGGCGGGAGCAGAGGUGUACACCCCUGCAAACCCCACCUGCAAGAUUAUGACCUUCAGGCCCACCAUGGAGGAGUUCAAGGACUUCAACCAGUACCUGGUUUAUAUGGAGUCUCAGGGAGCUCACCGUGCAGGCCUGGCUAAGGUGAUUCCUCCGAAAGGCUGGAAGCCCCGUCGUACCUAUGAUGAUAUAGAUGAUCUGGUGAUUGAUGCUCCCAUCCAGCAGAUGGUGGCAGGCCAAUCAGGGCUCUUCACGCAAUAUAACAUCCAGAAGAAGCCUCUUAGUGUGCAGGAGUUCAGGCGGUUAGCUAACAGUGACCAGUACUGCACACCUCGCUACCUGAAUUAUGAAGAUCUUGAGAGGAAAUAUUGGAAGAACCUCACUUUUGUGUCACCUAUAUAUGGUGCUGAUGUCUGUGGCAGCCUCUAUGAUGAGGACGUGGAGGAGUGGAACAUUGGCCACCUGAACUCUAUCUUGGAUGUUAUUGAGGAGGACAGUGGUGUAUCCAUCCAGGGGGUUAACACUCCAUAUCUAUACUUUGGCAUGUGGAAGACCACCUUUUCCUGGCACACUGAAGAUAUGGACCUGUAUAGCAUCAACUACCUCCACUUUGGAGAGCCCAAGUCCUGGUAUGCCAUCCCCCCGGAGCACGGGAAGAGACUGGAGCGUCUGGCUACAGGUUUCUUUCCUAACAGCUUCAAGGGGUGUGAGGCUUUUCUUCGUCACAAGAUGACUCUAAUCUCCCCUUCCAUACUGAAGAAGUAUGGCAUUCCUUUUGAUAAGAUUACUCAGGAAGCAGGAGAGUUCAUGAUCACUUUCCCCUAUGGCUACCAUGCUGGCUUCAAUCAUGGCUUCAACUGUGCAGAGUCCACCAACUUUGCCACUGUGCGCUGGAUAGACUAUGGCAAAGUGGCCACACAGUGCACAUGUAGCAAGGACAUGGUGAAGAUAUCUAUGGAACCCUUUGUGAAACGUUUUCAACCUGACCGGUACCCUAACUGGAUGCUGGGCAAAGAUUCUGCACCUCUUGACCACCUACUUGCCACUCCGAGUUCAACACCGGAGCUGCAGAGCUGGUUACAGAGGCGGCGGAAGAACAAGCCUACUAAUAAAGGCAGCACCCACUCUCGUAUGCGCUCAAAGCGCUUGAGAACCACUGAGGAGCCUAUUGGCCUGGAUGACAGCUCAGCUUUGACAAAAAGCAAGAGAAAAGGCUCGGGCGGUUCGCCCGGGCCCAAGGUGCGCCGGUCAGUGGCAGGAACAACCUGCAGGGGCAAAGAGGAAAAAGAGAAGAAAAAGGAAGCCGAGUCAAAGCACAACCAGAAUCAUAACUCUGCUCAGCUUGCUGGUCCUUGCAGACAGAUGUGUGUGGUCAAGGUAAAUCGUGUAGAGAGUAAUAGUUUGGGAUUUUCAAAUAAGGAGCCAUCCCAUAACUCUCACUGCAGCCCCAGUCCCUCCCCUGCUUCCCCUGUGAAGAGCAACCUCCAGGCAGAGACGAUCACUCACAUUGACCCUGAGCAGCUCUCAGGGUCAGGGGUCAUGAACAGGAGUCCUGAAGGACUCAGGCAGUUGCCUGAGGCUACCCAGAUGUAUCCAGGAAUUAAUGAGUCAAGGUGUCAUUCUCCUGAACCACAAGACCUCUCAACAUCUCAGGACUGCUCUAGCAGGGUCUCUCCCCUUGAGGCCAACAAACUCAGCUCAUUUUCCCACACAACAAGCACUUCUGCUGAGACUGAGAUGAGCUUGUGCCCUCCUGACUCUGGAGCUCAGACAUCUAGUUCCUCAUGUAGAGAAGACACUUUAUGCCUCGCACCAAACACUGACAGUAGCAUGGACACGAGUACUGAGAAUUACACUAACAACACUGCUAAAGCAGAGAAAAUGUACACUGUUGUUGAUCCCAAACACAUCAAUCCACACUCCACUACAGAAGCACUUUAUGAUCUCAAAACUGAGCCAGCAGAGGGGGAUAGUUACACAUCAUGUGGCUCCCUCUUCCCUUCAGGACACAACUACAGUUUAGAAAAAAACAGCACUGAGGAAAAUCUUUUCCCUCCUCUGCUACAGAGGAAUGCAGUGGAUAUGCCACAACUCACUCCUGAGCCAGCAGAUAAGUUUGGAAUCUGCCCUUUGCCACCUGUGCUGAUCCAAGAGAUGCCCUCCCUCACCCCAGCCGAUGAUGGGCUAACCAGCGUUUCAAAAGCUACAUCAUGCAGUCACCAGGCUGCACCUGUGCUUCAGCGGGAGACGCCAACCGGCUCUCCGUCCUCAAAUGGAGCCAAACAGGAAGAGAGGGAAACUGACCUAAUGAUGUCGAAAGAACCUCUUACUGUCGAAUAUGCCAACAAAUGGCAUUUAGAGUCUCCAUAUAAUUGUGAAGGGGCAGCAGCGUCUGGUUCAGAAGGAAACACAGCUCAUUUAGCUACCAAUGCUAUGCACAAAAUAACAUCUGGUGCUGUCCAGGAAAUGCUAAUAAUGCCAGGAAUUGCUGCAGAAAAGGAUCACUCAGUGCUGGAAAAUGUUAGUACUGGACAGACUGAUGCUUCCCCUCGCCAGCUAGUUCAGAGCAAUGCACCUCAAACAGAGCAGCAAUACAGCUUCCCAGAGUUAGCAAGUAAAGAUAACUCAAAGGACUCAGCUCAAAGAGACAGUGUAUUCAGUCUGAGCAGUUCUGGCUCUCUUUUAACUGGUACCUCAAACAAUAAUCCCCCAACCCCUUCCCCUCCAGUAUGCACUCACAGUGACAGUCACUCAGCAUUACAACUCCACCACCCCCACACUACAUACUCCCCUUCGCAUUGUAUUUCCGAGAACCCAUACAUGGAGCCCAGACCGUUCUCCAGCAGCAUCUGGAGAAACUUCACUUCCCAGGGUCCUGCAGUACUCAUCCAGAGUUUGCACCCAGAGCUCCCUUCUGACUUCACCCACGACCCUCUACCUUACACCAUGUGGACUGAACCUCAGUGCAAAGAAGUCACAGACCUGGAGGACGCGGAGCAAGACCUCCGAGAGUCAGAGAACCAGGAAGAGGAAGGUGGACCUCUCACCUGGGCCCAGCUCGAGCCCACCUCGCUGGUAUCAGUUGGUGCUGUUGAGCCCCUGGGGCUUUGUGGAGAUUAUGAGCUCCAUAGAGGGGAAGCAGAUGGGUCUGAAGCCCUUUCCUUGUGCAGGGAGCUAGGGAGGCAAAGGGAGGCAGAGGAGAGUUUACACUCAGAUACUGCUGUUUCACCUCUUGGGAUGGGAGGAGGAGAACAGGAUGGGGUGUCUGAUAUGGAAGAAGGGGGAUCUGAUGUUGAAGAGGUAGAGCAGCAAGGUAGCAUCAAGGGAGAGAGCAGUAGUGAGUCAUCUGAUGAGGAGGAGGAGGAGGAAGAAGAGGAAGAAGAAGAAGAAGAAGAGGAGGAGGAGGAAGAAGAAGAAGAAGAAGAAGAAGAGGAGGAAAAUGAUACAAGAAACUGCGAGUGUGAUGAAUCAGGCUUGGAACCUGGGGAGGUUUGUGCAUACCCUGCUCUGUCAGUAAAGAGGACCACUAAGAGCUGGCGUCACCCACUCAGGAAACCUACUGCAAGGGCUGUACCCACUGCUGUCAAACAACAGGCUGCCAGCGAUGAUGAGCCCCCUGAAGCGAGCCUGGCGGAGGAGGAGGAGCAGGAAAUGGAGGCGUGGGCGAAGCCCCUCAUCUACCUGUGGCAAAACAGGAAGAGCUGCUUCACAGCGGAGAGGGAGUACAAUGCUCAUGCAGCCACCAUGCAGCCAUACUGUGCUGUGUGCACACUCUUCAUGCCCUAUUAUCAGGCUGAAGACAAAGCAGAGGACAACACGCCUAUCGUAGCUAAGGACACCUCCACAUCCUCAUCUCUAAUGGAGGGCCUCACACGUCCCUGUAAAGGUCUGAGAAGGACCAAGCCCCUGGUACCAGAGAUCUGCUUUUCUUUCCGGGAGCAGAACUGCCCCCCGACUCCCACUAACCCUCUGCUGCAGGAAGAUGGCACCUCCCCUCUGCUCUACUGCGAGGGCUGCUGCCUGCAAGUCCACGCAAGUUGCUAUGGUGUUGCUGCAGAUGACGUCAGUGAACAGUGGUCGUGUGAUCGCUGUACGGAAGGAAGCUUUACAGCAGAAUGCUGUCUGUGUAACCUCAGAGGUGGAGCUCUGAAGAAAACCCAAAACGACAAAUGGGCCCACGUGAUGUGUGCAGUAGCACUGCCAGAGGCAAGGUUCAGCGACGAAGCCAAAAGGAGUCCCAUUGACACCAGUAGAAUCCCCAUGCAGCGAUAUAAACUGAAGUGCAUCUAUUGUCGUAAGCGCUGCGCGGGGAAGCGGCAGGCAGGUGCUUGCAUCCAGUGCUCAUGUGGCCGGUGUCCCACCUCCUUUCAUGUGACCUGUGCCCAUGCUGCCGGUGUAAUCAUGGAGCCUGAUGAUUGGCCAUAUGUCGUGUCAAUCACCUGCCAUAGACAUCAAUCACGGAGUUCGUCAGCUCAGCGAGCGUGCCAAGCUUCCAUCUCACUGGGCCAGACUGUGAUCUCCAAACACAAGAACCUGCGCUACUACAGCUCAAAGGUCACCCAGAUAUCCUCCCAGGUGUUCUACGAGGUCAUGUUCGAUGACGGCUCCUUCUCCAACGAUACCUACCCCGAGGAUAUAGUGAGCAGAGAUUGUAUGAACUUGGGUCCUCCUGAAGUGGGCGAAGCUGUUCAAGUGAAGUGGCCUGAUGGGCUGUUCUAUGGUGCCAAAUACCUAGGAUCCAACGUAUCCUACAUGUACCAGGUGGAGUUUGAGGACGGGUCACAGGUGCUGGCAAAAAGAGAAGACGUCUAUACUUUAGAUGAAGACCUGCCUAAAAAGGUGAAACGUAGACUUUCCACGGCCUCAAGCAUGCGUUUCCAGGACGCCUUCUUCACCACGCAGGGGGAGAGGAAACGGCAAAGAACACCCAAUUCACGCUUCCAGAAAGACUAUGUGGCCCUGCCAGGCCUCCGUACAACUGCCAAAAGCACAUGGGAGCAACGCAGCCACAAAGGGAAAUGAAGUCAUGGAGAAGAAAUCAAUGACAAAUGAAUGCACUGAGUUUAACAGUGGAUGUAGAGGGGAGGCUGUUUGUGUGUGAGCGGAUGUGUGAGUAUGCGUGUGUGUAAGUGUUUUGGAUCUACUUCCAUCUCAACUGUUGCCGACACAACUUUGAAUAGAUCAGAGGGAGCGACAGAAGAGAUCGGGUGAAUUGCGUUAGAUGGACGUUAACUCGUGUGUGCUUGUACAUUAUACAUCAGUGAUUGGUGAUUGUGACAGGCUGGAGAAUUGGACAGCUGCACUCUUACAGAACGGGUUAACAGAGGCCAUGGUUGCCUCAGUUACCCAGUGCUUUCACAUCCGUCAGGGAAAAUAAAACGUGACUCACAUUUGUCACAUCACCCUUUUUUGAAAUAAAUGACAAAAAAACUUUUUUCUUUGUACAUGAAAAAUUCAAAAGGUUAGAUUUUUCUAAAUAGCUUGCCUAUGGUAGCUUUUUGGGGGUCUGUUAUUUCAAGUUUUGAUUUUGAAUAUUUAUGCACUUUGCUUGUAGUAUUUUCCUCAUGUCUUACUGUUUCUCCCUGCAUGUUGAACAUUGUCUCCUAACUGCUCCUGCGAGAGUCCAAUCACACUUCAAUGGCUUCCUCUCUGCAUGUUUUAUAAAAUGUGUAAUAUGACAAUAAAAAUGAAUCAUUACUGAAUUUAAAAAAAAAGAAAAUGACCACAUGUAAAUCCCACCCUGUGGUGAAGGGUUCAGACAGGAAGUCAUGCCUUUGUGUUGGAUUCUGUGCACUAUUAACGUGAAAUGCUACUGUUGAUCUGUUGAAUGAACACAUUGUUGAAAUUAUUUAAAAUUUGUAUUUAUUUUUGGCUUGCUAUAGUUGAACUAUUGCUAACUGCUGUAUGGGAAAACAAUAAAAAAUUACAUAUGUUUUUUUUUUAUUAAAUUGUGAAGUUAUUUCAAGUGAUUCAGUUGGUAAGAAUGAGAUUAGAAGUUUCAGGUGUAGUGGGAAAGAUGGUUUAUGUGCAGUCCAGUAACAAGAAGAAAAGUAUGUUUUUGCAAACCAGGAAUAAGUUACAUUUUCACAUUUGGUAGAUAUCACAUCAACAUUUCUAAAGUGAUACGGAAUAUGAGCUGACUGUCAUCGGGAGGUGCAGAUGAUAGUGGACGGUGUGACACCGAGGCGAGAUGCCUGCCAAGCUGCAGAUCACUGUCGGGAGAUCAACAAACAUGGGUUGUGUUUUAGCGACCUGUCAUGGUUUUUCUUACCUCCUUUUAACCAGCCUGUGUGGGUGUUUUUUAGCAUCCUGUCACUGCUUUUCCGGUGGGGAAUGUCUCCCCAAAACAAAGUGUUUUAAGCCAUAACAUGAUCUUUUUCUAACCAUAACCAAGUUGUGUUUGUGCCCAAACGUAUGGAGUGUUUCCAUGGUUUGCAGAAAUGUACAAUGUCAAUAUUUUUACUGGUGACUGGGUUGUUAUGUGACUGUUGGAUACAUUAAAUGGGUAAUACAAUAUUUGA